CUUCCCCUCUGUCUGUCCUCAGCCACCAUGAGUCUUUGACACAUUCCCCAUUGGAUGACAAGGGUCAGUUCAUCAACGUUUUCGAUUACAUUUCUGUAAUUACUCCUCAAGGUGAAGGUUAUUUGAUUCAUUUUCCCAGCCAUUCGUACUUUAUUACUUUCUUUAACUGCCUACUAUAUGUCGGGCAUUGUCCUAGGCUCUGGGCAUGUAACAGCAAAAAGAAAAAAGUGGACAAAGAUCCCUGCACUUGUGGAGCUGACAUGCCAGCUGGGAGAGACAGAAGGAGAAAUGUCUGGAGUAAGACCCAUCUCCAGACACAUCUUGAUGGAGAGCCUCCUGUAUGAGCAGCUCCUGGAACCCCUGACCAUGGAGGUUCUUGGUGUGACUGACCCUGAAGAGGACCUGGACCCUAUGGAGGACUUCGAUCCUUUGGAGUGUAUGGAGGACAGUGACAUGUUGGCCCUGCGGCUGGCCUGCAUCGGGGACGAGAUGGACGUGAGCCUCAGGGCCCCGCGCCUGGCCCAGCUCUCUGAGGUGGCCAUGCACAGCCUGGGUCUGGCUUUCAUCUACGACCAGACGGACGACAUCAGGGAUGUUCUUAGAAGUUUCAUAGAUGGUUUCACCACCCUUAGGGAGAACAUAAUGAGGUUCUGGAGAUCCCUGAAUCCCGGGUCCUGGGUGUCCCGCGAACAGGUGCUGCUGGCGCUGCUGCUGCUGGCACUGCUGCUGGCGCUGCUCAGCGGGGGCCUGCACCUGCUGCUCAAGUGAGGCCCCAGCGGCUCAGGGCGGGGCUGGCCCCACCCCUGUGACCACUGCCCUGGAGGUGGCAGCCUGCUGCUGUUGUCUUUUUAACUGUUUUCUUAUGAUGCCUUUUUAUAUUUAAACUCUGAGAUAGUGCUGGAACACUGCUGAGGUUUUAUACUCAGGUUUUUUGUGUUUUUUUAAUUCCAGUUUUCGUUUUUUCUGAGAUGAAUUCCUAUGGCUCCGAACUUGUUACCGGUUAACUGUGGCUUGUGCCCAGGAAGAGCCAUUCACUCCUGCCCCUGCCCACACGGCAGGUAGCAGGGGGAGUGCUGGUCACACCCCUGUGUGAUGUGUGAUGCCCUUGGCAAAGAAUCUACUGGAAUAGAUUCCAAGGAGCAGGAGUACUCAAUAAAAUGUUGGUUUCCAGCA